AAUAUUUUACAAAAUAAUUUAAAUAUUCAAACAACAAAUAACUGAAAAUAAAAUGCAUUUCAAAUGACAAAUUGUCAAAAACUACAACACUAAUCUGGAGUGCGUGUACACAUAAAUUCCUGAAAAUGCCACCUUUAAGGCUAAAUCCCAAGCUAUGCUCAAACAUGUCUACCAAAAGCAGUGAAAACAAAUUCGUGAGUAGAAAAAAUAAAACGCCGCCGCGUUGGUCUUCGCUAUCCUGCCUGCUGUUGCUCAGCGUGUCCUUCGCCUGUCUCAACACCGUCACACAUGCGGCGACAACGGCAGAGAAACAACUCAUACAACAGCAAUUGCGUGGUCUCUCACCCGCGCAGCUGCUGAAGGAGUACGCGCAGACGCCGAUGGCAAUGAAUGCGAGCCGUGCGGCUUAUGACGAGACCAGCGUGGAAGCGUUGAUAGCGCGUACUCAUGCUGAGGCGAAAAAGUUGCAACGACAGCAACAGCAACAGCAACAGCAACAGCGAACGCUUCAUCAUCGCCAACACCAGCAGCAGCAACAACAACAACGUGCACAUAAACGCAAAAAACACCUGCAACAACAACAGCAACGACGACGCCAGGAAGACCUGCAGCCACACAAAUCACGCAAGCAUGAAAAAUCGCACAAACAACGAGAACGCGAACACCAACAACAGCAACAACAUGGAAUGCAGUCAAGCCAUCAUGCAGCACAUCGUAAAACCAAAAGUGGUCUGCCCAUCGAGAGCAACAUAAAUAGUAAUGAAUUUGUUGCGGACAAUAUAGCGUUGGCAGAUGCCACAAAUGCUGCAACAAAAGCGGCGGCUGCAACAUCGGCAUUUGCUGUCAACACAAACAAACGUGCCACAACAACGGCGAUGGAACAACAGCAGCAACAGAAGAAGAAAAAUGGCCGUAACGGUGCAAGUGGCGGCGGUGGCAGUGGUGGUGGUGGUGGUGGCAGUGGCCGCAGCGGUCAUGGGAUCAGAGAUGUCGGACGUCAGAAAUUGCACAGAAACGUAUUGCGCAUGCUCAACAGUCAAUCGGAAUCCCUCACCGAUGGCGGUCUCUUUCCGCCACUCUUCAACGUCGCGCCACGCGCACACAUCACCGUCAACGCCACCUGCGGACAGAGUGGGCGUGAAGAGUAUUGCAAAUUAGUCGAUGCGUAUCCGCAUAAAAAAUGGGCCACACAAUGUGGCAUUUGCAAUGCACAAUCUUCGGAUACGGCCAAACAGCGUCCAAUCGAGUCUGUCAUCUCCAAUGCGAAUUUCGACGAUGAACGUUGGUGGCAAUCGCCGACACUGCAAUAUGGCCGGCACUUUGAAUAUGUCACCAUAACAUUGGAUCUGCGGCAGGUAUACCAAGUCUUCUUCGUCAUGCUUAAAUCCGCCAACUCGCCACGUCCCGCUUCGUGGGUGCUGGAAAAAUCACUUGACGGCUUCAACUAUGAACCCUGGCAGUAUUUUGGUCUCAGCGAUGCUGAUUGCCAACGACGCUACGGCUUGGCUGGCCAAAAUGGUAAAUAUGUUUUCGAAAACGACACAGAAGUGAUAUGCACAACACAAUUUUCAAAAGCGUUACCGCUCGAAAAUGGAGAAUUACACGUUUCGCUACUGAAAAACCGCCCAGGUGCAAUGGAUCAAACGGAAGAGUUGAUGAAUUUCAUAACAGCACGUUACGUACGCAUACGCCUGCAGGGCAUGCACACGACGGCGAAUCUGGAUAACAGCGUCGAUUGGCUAUUGGACUCACAAUCACUCGAAAAGCGUUCCUUCUACUCACUCAAGCAGAUACGCGUAAGUGCGCGUCUCGAUUGCCACGGUCAUGCCGAUAAAACCGUUGAGUUGGCGGAGAAGCGUACCGAUGAGUUGGAGUACGCACAGCUCGCCUCAACACUGCAAUGUGUCUGUCAGCAUAAUACCUGCGGCACCGAUUGUGGCGAAUGCUGUGCGCUCUAUCAAGAUAAGCCGUUUCGCAACGGCACAACACGUGAGCCAAACGCAUGUGAGCUCUGUCAAUGCAAUGGCCAAGCAGAGGCCUGCAUUUACGAUGCAUUUCUGGAACGCGGCAUCUGUCAGCAAUGUCAGAACAAUACCGCCGGCAAUGAAUGUGAGUUUUGUACGAGCGGACACUACCGCGAUUUUAAUGAAAAACUCACUGCACCCUGUCGGCGUUGCGCGUGUGAUGGACGCGGCGCAACAGGCACCUGUGAUCCGGUGGGUGGCCAAUGCCAUUGCCGCGAAGGCUUCCAGGGUGUACGCUGUGACGAAUGUGCAAGAGGUUAUUAUGGCGAAGAGUGUCGGCGGUGCGAAUGUGAUGUGCGUGGCACACUACCAGACACCGAAUGCGCUGGUGUAUGCAAAUGCAAGGCACAUGUAGCGGGCGAUACUUGUAGUGAAUGUCUGCCGGGUUAUUAUGAUCUUAGCGCCGACCAACCAGAUGGUUGCGCACCCUGUUGGUGUUCAGGCGUGGGGUUGUCGUGCAGCAGUGCUGCGCUGCAAACACUCGCUUUCGAGACACUGAACGACUGGAAGGUGACCGACAUAAUGCGCUCCCAAGUGAUUGCAGCAACUGUGGAUUCUAGCACUAACUAUUUGGUUUACAGCGAGGAUGAGCAGAGUAUAGAGGGCGCCGUUUAUUGGCAAGCGCCACAAGGUUAUCUCGGCAAUCGUCUUACCAGCUACGGCGCACGUCUAUCUAUACAAGUUAAUUGGGUUACAAUGCGUGGCGAUACAUCGGGCAAACCGACUGACGGUCCGGAUGUGGUGCUCUUCGGACGUAACGGCUUGAAAAUCGCUUAUGGCGAUACAAUUUAUACACGAGGAUCGACUGCUAUCAUCAAUAUAACGCUCGAUGAGACGGGUUGGUAUCAUGUGACGCCAGCUGUGCUUGAUAAGAAGACACGUUCUCGACGUACGCAACACCAUGGCUCAGCUGUAACGCGCACUCAACUUCUCUCAGUUUUGUCCGCAUUAGAUAGUCUACUUGUACGCGGCACCUACCACACAGAUCAAGUGGAAACUUCAUUGGAGCGUGUCAUCAUUUACUCGGGUGGCACUGAGUUAGGCUCUACAAAGUUGAGCACACGUGUUGAGCAAUGUGUCUGUCCCAUGGGUUAUGCCGGACUCUCUUGUGAGAGCUGCGAUUUUGGCUUCAUACGUAUAUGGGAGAAUGCGACCGAUCAUCAGUUGGUCGCCAAGUGUAUACCUUGUCCGUGUAAUGGUCAUUCCAACUCCUGCGAUCUACAGAGCGGCGGUUGUGGCAACUGUAUGCACAACACUUACGGCGAGCGUUGCGAGCGCUGCAAAGUUGGUUUCUAUGGCAAUCCAUUGCAAGGCACUGAGCACGACUGCAAACGCUGCGCCUGCCCUCUACUGGUCGAUAGCAACAACUUUUCGCCUAGUUGCCAAUUGAAAACGUAUAGCAUCAUGGACUUGAACCCGUUAUAUGGUGUGGUGGAAAAUUCCGAAUACAUUUGCACACAGUGCCCGCCUGGCUACACUGGUGACCAUUGUGAGAUGUGCGAUGACGGUUACUAUGGCAAUCCAACGGAAGUGGGCUCACAGUGUCGUCCGUGCGAUUGCGAGGGUGGACCAUGUGAUGUUUUCACAGGACAGUGCAUCGUUUGCCA